CCGCCGCAGCUCGGAAAUCGCCGAGCACCUAUGACAUUUGUUCUUCUAUAGUGCCAUACGAUAUAUUAUAGUCCUGUAGAGAUCUCGUGUCGUGUACUCGUGCAGUGUACUUUUGUCGGGCACUUGUGCUGGGCCCUCGUGUCUUGUGCUCAAGUGCUUUGCUGUCAUUUUGUCGGUGUUCGUUCUGAAAAGAGGACGUCUUAAACGUUUCGACAAUUGGCGAUUGACUUACAGCGUGUGUGGCAUUAGUCGGUGAAAAUGAAUGAAGACCUAAAUUCUUGGAAUAAAUUCCUUGAAACUGUUCUUGAUGAAAACUCGUUAUCGUCACCAGAUAAUGUAAGAGUCUUAGCAAGUUUUUUUGGAAAAAAGUCUAAUCCCGAUAUCCAAAUUUGGUUAUUGAGAUACGAAUGCACCAUUUGUAUGCAAUCGAUUUUGGAGUUGCGCAUGGGACAAUGUACUCACGAAUACUGCUCGGCUUGUGUACCACGUCCCAAUUGUCGAAUAGGCUGCCGGCUCACCAUAUUAAAUAGGAUAUCAGCAGGUGACAGUAAGGCAGCUCAAGAAAAAAUUAUUAAAGAUUUCAAAGCAUCGGGAACGUUCAUCGACAUUUCGCCAAGAAGUUACAAGAGAAAAGCAUGUGAUGAAGAUGAUGAUGAUGAUGAUGAGAUGUCAGAAUAACUUGCAAGGCUCAAGUAAUCCCGGUAAAUUAUUUUCUAAUAUGAACGGGAAUCCAAGUAAUCCAAGUAACAUAAUUAAGACUUUCAAAAAUAUUGCAGUAAUCAAUGAUUUUCUUUAAAAAAAACUACA